CAGCGCCUCACCUAGCCCCGUUUUCUCGACAGCAGAGACUCGCUAGGAUUUCGGGCAGGGUCUUUGCUCGCCCCACCUGGGACAGAGUCCCGAUGAGGGACUCUACCCCACGGCUGGGCCCCAGCACGGGAUCCCCUUGCUGCCUGGUGCAUCAGACGCAUCCCCAAGCCUGGGGGAGCUCCUGAAAGUGGACGGACCGGCGCUCGGAGCUGACAGACACGCUCCUUCUUACACGCUCUGUCAGAUGUAACUACACCCCCUCCCCACUGAGGAUGAUGGCCCGGGAAGCAUGACUGGAGAGGCCAUGGCAGUAUUUGACACCCCGCAGGAGGCCUUUGGGGCCUUGCGCCCGGUUUGUGUCCAGCUCACCAAAGCACAGACGGUGGAGAACGUGGCACGUCUGCACUCCCAGCUGCAGGUGGUCGGAGAUGCUGCCCUGCAGGAGCUUCAGGAGUACGUCCUCUUCCCGCUGAGAUUCACCCUCAAGACGCCGGGGCGGAAGCGAGAGCGCAUGGUCCAGAGCGUGGUGGAGUGCGUGACCUUUGUGCUCUCCGUGACGCGCGUGGAGAAGCCGGACCUCCUCCUGGAGCUCUUCUCCGAGCUCUGUGUCUGCCUGGCGGCCCCUUCCAGCCCGCACCAGCUGGCCCCGCUGCCGGAAGAGCUGAGGCAGGCCGUGGCCCAGGCGCUGCAGGCGCUGCUGCACUCGGCGUCUGCGGAGGCCCUCCUGCCCCUGUACCAGCCCGCCGCCCUUCCCGUCCUGGGCUUCGCCGUCUCCCUGCUGCUGGCUCUGGCGGAGCAGGAGAAGGCCAAGCCCGCUCGGCUGGCGGCCCUCCGGUGCCUGCAGGCGCUCCUGCUGCAGCGCGACGACCCGGAGGAGCACGGGGCUCUGCGCGGAGAGGAGGCGCAGCGCUGCGGGGACCUCUUUGCCUCCUUCCUCCCCGGCAUCGCCACCACGCUUUCCCGGAUCAUCACGGGGGACGCGAGGCAAGGCCACGCGGUCGUCGUCUCUGCCAUCGAGCUCUUCUCUCGGACGGUCGGUCUGGUCAUGGCGGACGAGCAGCUGCUGCGGGUGCCCCCCGAGGGGGAGCAGGCCACCACGGCGCCGGGCCGGACGGCGGGGCUGGUGGUCCACAGAGGGCAGGCCUGGGCAAGGGGCACCGCGGCCAAGCUCGCCAUCCUCAUCGGGAAGGUGGCUGCGUCCGCCUCGGCCCACCCUCACUGGAAGGCCAGGCAGGCGCUCGUGGAAAUGGUCCGUCUCCUGGUGACCCGCUGCAGCCGGUCCCUGGCCGGGUCGGUCGGCCAGCUUCUAAAGGCCCUGGUCGGUCUGGUCAAUGACGACCGGCCCGAGAUCCAAAAGCAGAGCCACGCGGUCCUGAGGGCUGUGGCAGCUCAGGGAGCCCUGGCCAGGGACAGGCAGCUCGCCGACAUCCUGGCGGAGGAUCUGCACUCGCUCGCCACCGCCCUCCCGCGCCUGAUGGACUCCCAGGACGACCAGGGGAAGAUCUCGACCCUGAACCUGCUCCUGGGAUACGUGAAGCUCUUGGGCCCCAAGGUGAACGUGGUCCUCACCUCUGCCUCCCACCUCCAGCGGCUCUCCAAGGCCCUCCUGCAGGUGCUGGAGCUGGAGGUGAAGGACGUGAAGGUUGUGGAGGAGCGGUGCGGGGGCCCCGGAGGGCUGGGCGAGGCUGCGGGGCCUUCUCCGGGGCUCUGGCACACUGGCCAUGCCCAGACAAAGUCCUUCCGGUUCUUCACCGACGAUCGGAUUCUCAUCCUGCUUCAGCAGAUUUGCCAGGUGCUGGGCUACUAUGGGGACCUCUACCUGCUGGCAGACCAUUUCACGGAGCUGUACCGAGAGUCCGUGCUGUACCGGAAGCAGGCCGCUCUGGUCCUCAAUGAGCUGAUCGCCGGGGCCGCGGGGCUGGCGGCAGACGCCCUCCUGGAGCGCGAGACUGCCCCGGGCGCCGAGGAUCUCAGAGAGGUGAUGCGCUCCAUUUUGGAAGAGUAUGUGGACCAGGCCAACUGGCACCUGGUCACCAGCCUGCAGGCAGACGAGCUCACUGUGGGGCCGGCAGUGCAUCACACCGGGCUCCCCGCCCUCCCGCCCCGGGCGCCUCCUUUGGGCCCGCGGCCCACGGUCCACUCCAUGAACAGCAACAUCUGGCAAAUCUGCAUCCAGCUGGAGGGGAUCGGCCGCUUUGCCCACGCACUCGGGGAAGACUUCCAGUUGCUCUUGAUCUCUGCCUUGUACCCCGUCCUGGAAAAGGCGGGCGACCCCACGCUGCUGAUCAGCCAGACCGCGCGGGAGGCGAUGGCCGACAUCUGCCGGGCCUGCGCUUAUGCUUCCAUCCCCGACCUCAUCAACCGCAACGCCGACUACCUGGUGAACGGGAUCUCCCUGCACCUGCGCCACCGGGCCCACGAGCCACGUGCCUUGCAGGUCCUGGAGGCCAUGCUGCGGCACUCGGAUGCCGCCGUGCUCCCGCUGGUGGAGGACGUCCUUCGAGACACCCUGGCCAGAGUGGACCAGUGCCACAGCGACCGAGCACCUGCCUUCCUCGGGGUCUUGCACACGCUGAUGGUGACGCUAGUGCGCCACUUCAGCGCAGGGCCACAGGCCAGGAAGGACCUGGUGCGAGGCAGCAGCAGCUCCUCCUCGGGAGCAGCCGGGCAACGCGAGGGAGUGCCUGCGUGUGCUGCAGAGGAACUGGAGGGCUUCUUCCUGGGGUACGUCGAGCAGAAGCGGAUCUCAGAGGGCGAUCUCCCCGAUGCCGAAGAGGAAGAAGAGCAUCUGCUUGCCCCGGAAGCCGGACCCGGCGGGCUGGCCCCGGAGGCGGAGGGCCGCGUGCCCCCCCACGCCCGGACCGCCAAGGAGGUGCUGGAGCGGUGCGUCCACUUGCUGUCCGACAAGAGCCUCCGUGUGAGGUUGAAGGUCCUGGACGUGCUGGAGCUCUGCGUGGCACUGCUGGCCCCCCUCCCGAACCUCCUGCUCCCGCUCGCCCAUCGGACGUGGCCGGCCCUCGUCGCCCGCCUGACUAACGACGACCCCCUGGCCGUGCUCAGAGCCUUCCAGGUGCUGUGCACGCUGGGGGCCCACAGCGGGGACUUCCUGCGGCGGCGCUUCUCCAAGGACGUCCUGCCCAAGCUGGCGGGCUCCCUCGUCACGCAGGCCCCCGUCAGCGCCCGCGCCGGGCCCACCUACAGCCACACGCUCGCCUUCAAGCUGCAGCUGGCGGUGCUGCAGGGCCUCGGGGUGCUCAGCGUGGCCUUGGACCUCGGUGCAGCUGACCUGGACAGGGUGGCGGUCUCCUGCCUGCCGUACCUGAGCGCCAAGCAGCCGGCGAGGCUGCAGGAAGCCGCCUGCAGCGUCUUCCUCCACCUGAUGCAGGUGGACCCGGAUGCCACCUGGCUCUUCCUCGGCGACGUCUGGUCUCCACACCCCUACGUGCCCCCGCACCCCGCGCUGCGCCCUGUGAGGCUGGCAGGGGCGGGGAGGAAGCGGGACGAGUUCUCCGACAACGUGGGCCGCCUGCUGGACACGCUGCACGCGAGGGAAGGCACGGAGCCCCGGCGGGGGGCCUCGAGCUGCGCCCAGAGGGAGGCCGCGGGCUCGGCGCAGGACUCGGGACGGGGCCGGAGGAGCCGGGAGGCCGCAGCGCCUCCCCAGAGGGAGGGUGCGCCGGGGCCGGAGGACGAGCGCUGUGCUGCCCGUGCCUUCCCGGGAGCUUGAGCGCUCGGCUGCUCGGCCCGAGGGGCACCUGGCUUUUUGCCGGGCGAUUUUCUCCGUGUGUUUUGGAGCAUUCCGUGCUUGGACUGACCGCUCGGGGUGGGCAGGGGCGCUGCUGUUUGUGCCAAAGAUCUCGGCGGCUGGCCUCGGGCGGGUGGGAGGACGGGCAGCCCCCACGCAGCCCAGCAGCAGGAUCCCUCGAGUGAGGGGAGAGCCUGCUGCCCCCCCCCCAGGCCAGGCGCUCCCCCCAGCGCUCCGCCUGGCUGUGCAGGAGGGAGGGUGCGUGCGGCCGGGGCGCUCACUGGCCCUUUCCUGGUGGCUUCCAAGAGCAGACAAGCAGGGCGAAGAGCGGUCUGUUG